CAAGGACCAGUCAAGUAACUAUAACGCACCGCAUCUAUCGUUCUUUUCACUACGGUUUGCAACUGCAAGGAUUUUAGCUUUUUGGGGGCUAAAGAGGGAAAAUUCGCUCGAUUUGUGGACUUUAAACAUGGGACGAUUUGACACCAUAAGAGAAUUUAAUUUACUGUCAUGGAUGAGAGAGGAAAGACAAUCGAGGAAGUUGAUCUUGGUCAUCGUUUUCAUCGCCUUGCUGUUGGAUAAUAUGCUUCUAACGGUUGUCGUCCCCAUCAUCCCAAGCUACCUGUACACAGUGGAUGAUGCAGCAGCCAACAUGGCCAAGAAUCACACCGUUGGCUCCCCGCACAGCCCUUCUGCCACCUUCCAGACCAUCGUGUCCCUCUAUGACAACUCUGUCCGGGUAACCAGCGGGGGGCCAAUGGACUCCACACACAUGCCCCCAGGUCAGACGCAGGCGACCUCUCCCUCUACUUCGGGUGUCACACCACACAAUUCCACACAGCCCGACUGCCCUAAAGCAGACGACCAACUGCUCAAUGAGAAUGUGAAGGUUGGGCUACUGUUUGCCUCCAAGGCCACCGUGCAGCUCAUUACCAACCCCUUUAUUGGGCCUCUGACUAACAGAAUUGGAUACCAGAUCCCCAUGUUUGCCGGGUUCUGUAUUAUGUUCCUGUCAACCAUCAUGUUCGCCUUCUCAUCGAGCUACACUCUGCUGUUUCUGGCCAGAUCCCUGCAGGGUGUGGGCUCCUCCUGCUCUUCUGUGGCUGGGAUGGGGAUGCUGGCCAGUGUCUACACAGACGAUGAAGAAAGGGGAAAUGCCAUCGGGAUCGCCCUGGGUGGCCUUGCCAUGGGGGUGCUUGUGGGCCCACCAUUCGGCAGUGUCAUGUAUGAGUUUGUUGGGAAGACUGCCCCUUUCCUAAUUCUGGCUGUUCUGGCUGUGUUGGAUGGAGCACUGCAAUUGUUCAUUCUUCAGCCAUCAAAGGUCGAACCAGAGAGCCAGAAAGGGUCAUCACUGUGGAGUCUGAUGAAAGAUCCAUACAUACUAAUUGCUGCAGGAUCCAUUUGUUUUGCCAACAUGGCCAUCGCCAUGUUAGAGCCAGCCUUGCCAAUUUGGAUGAUGCAGACCAUGUGCCCAAGAAAAUGGCAGCUAGGCGUUGCUUUCGUGCCAGCCAGUAUCUCCUACCUUAUUGGAACCAACAUCUUUGGCGUCCUCGCGCACAAAAUGGGGAGAUGGCUGUGCUCUCUCAUCGGGAUGGUCCUCGUGGGAGUUAGCAUCCUCUGUGUUCCGUUUGCUAAGAACAUCUACGGACUGAUACUUCCAAAUUUUGGUGUAGGUUUUGCCAUUGGCAUGGUGGAUUCAUCUAUGAUGCCGAUCAUGGGCUACUUGGUGGACCUGAGACAUGUGUCUGUCUAUGGCACUGUGUAUGCCAUUGCUGAUGUGGCUUUUUGCAUGGGCUUUGCUUUAGGUCCUUCCACUGGAGGUGCCAUAGCUAGGAGCAUUGGCUUUCCCUGGCUCAUGACCAUCAUUGGCAUCGUGGACAUCCUCUUUGCUCCCCUCUGCUAUUUCCUGAGGAGUCCUCCUGGGAGGGAAGAGAAAAUGGCCAUCUUGAUGGACUCCAACUGCUCGAUGAAGACCCGAUCGUACUCAACACAAGGGAACACAGAGUGUGAAGAGAUGGAAACAGAGUACGAUGAGUAAUGAUGGACACCAGGCAUGUAUGUUACCUUCCAGAGGAUUUAUUUUGUUGUAGUAAAACAGACGAAAAAAACGACAAAACAAAUCAAGAAAUCUGUUUCCAUGUGAAUGUCCCACGUACAGUCAGUCACUGUUCUAUAUGUCAUUGUUAUCGUACAACUGGAGCAAACCAAAGUUGUUCUCAUUGCCCCGUUGUCACAAGCGUGUUGCUUGUGUUUAUUUUUAGCCUACAGCCUUAUCCAAUGGGACGUGUCUAAACAGGGCUUUCAUGGUCAUAGUAAAACGUAAUGAGUCAUGUUUAUUGGAUAGUUCAGAUAAGAGUGAUGUUAUAGAUCACCAAAUUCUGUUCUAUGGUUCGUCAACAAGGAGUACAAACCUGUUUGUCUUAAUAAUUCACCUACAGGCCAUUAACAGUCUUCAUCAACAUAUCUAAUACACAAGUAUGAACAAGAACAUUUUCCUUAAAGGGGCAAGCAGUUGAAACAAUAACAUCCUGCCACUGAUGAAGUCCAAAGCUGAGACAUUGGUCUAGAGAAAUGUAGCCACUCAAAUGAUUAGGUAUAGCUAUGGAUGCAAAAACUGACCAUCUAUAAUGUUAAAAUCAGUUUUCACCCUGCGUUGAAUUUAGAUAGGGUUUGUUUAAAUUUAUAUUGUUUGCAAUAGAAAAGUAUAUAUUUUGGAUCCUGGUGGGAAACGACAGUGGAACUGUUGCUCCAAAAGUACAUGGACAAUGACAACGCUUAUAUUGUUUGGCUCUGUAUUGUACCACUUUAGUUUUUAAAUGGUACAAUGAUGUGGGGUUAAAGUGCAGACUCCUGGCAUUAAUUUGAGGUUAUUUGCAUUCAUAUCGGAUGAACCAUUUAGAUAGUAAAGUAAUUUUUGUACAUGCCUCAGAGAUUAUUGGCACCCUAGGUAAAGAAGAAUGUAAUUGUUGUUUAUCAGCUUCAUCUUACACUCAUUAAAUAUCAGAAACAUGCCAGCUAUAAUUAUAGACAACCCUGAAUUUAGUGAUUUGCCAAGAUAACAGCUGACUUCUCUCCUAUGUUUGAUGAGGUGGGAGAACACAUAGGAAGGGAUUAGACACCAUUCCUCCAUACAGAGACCAUGGUCCUUGCUUGUGAACUCCUCGUCAGCUCACCCCACAGGUCAUUUUAAUGGGAUUUAGGUCAGGGGCGUGUGAUGGCCUUUGCAUUCCAGCUUAAUUCUCUGAUCACAUUUCUUAAUUAUUGUCAUAAUAAUGGGAGAUUUUUUUCUCAGACUAUCCAACCAACUUCUUAUAGCCAUUGGCUGAAUUGUGAAGGUCAGCAACCUUUUGUCUCAUUUCAUUUGUUUUCUCUGGCCUUUCCUAUGUUGAUGGAUGACUGGGGGAUUUCAGUCUCAUAUACCCCAGUGAAACCGGAUGUCAUGGAUGACCACUUUAGAGUACAUUAUGUUCAUAAGAUCUUCUAGGGCUGACAAUGUGGCAUGCAUGUUUUUGUAGAAAAAUUAUUCUAUUUGAUAUUUAUUUUUCUUAAAACAAUUUUCACUAAAUUUAAAGUUAGAUUAAUAUGAUAUGUUGAGUAUAAGAUCAAGCUGAUAAACAACAAUGACAUUUUUUGUUUGUAUUUACCUGGUGCACCAAUAAUUCUGCAGGGAUCUGUAAUCUCCCCAUUGUUUGGUUCCAGAAGUAUCUGGACAAUUGGAUUCACAGCUGUCUCAUAGUUAUGUGUGUUUGUUAGCAUUGUAAGUGCAUGCACAAGAGAGCUGGCAAUGUCUAGUGUUGAUUCUAGGCUUUUGAUUUGGAUUAUGUUGCUGGUGUCUGACAGCAUGCGGACCAAAGACGUGCCAAUGCAAGUCAAGCUGGUGAGCGCAGCAAUGGCAAACAACCUGGUAGACCAAUUAAGACCACUAUAGUGGAUGAACGAAGAAUUCUUUGAAUGAUGACGAAAACAAUCAGGAACCACCUCUAAGAGGUAAGCAUAGAUGUGUCAAAGACUACCAUUUGCAGAAGAGUGAGCCAGCAGAACUUUAGAUUGUACACAAUAAGACACAAACAGUAAGCCCAGUAUAAAGGAAGGGUUCAGUUUUCUAAAAAGUACCAUAAAGACCCUUCAGAGUUCUGGAAACAAAGUCGUAUGGACAGAUGAGAGGGAAAUAAACGUGUAUCAAGGUCAUGAAAAAACGUAAGUGUGAAGAAAAGAAAAGGAACUUACCACGAGCCAAAGUGUACCACCUCAUUUGUUAAACAAGGUGGUGGUAGUGUUGGAGGUGUUAUGGCUGGUCUUCCAUAUUGAUGUGACUCCAAAUGGCAUCAGCAGGAUGGAUAUUGAAGUAUUCUCUGUUCAGGUACAAUGUCUCAAACUCACUGUAGUAUCAUUAUGAAGGAAGACAAUGACCUGAAACACACUGCCAUAGCUACCAGUGGGUUUUUCAGGGCCAAAAAGUGGAUAGUUCUUAAAAGCUCCUGACCAAGUCAAUAACCCAAUCUGGAUCUAACUGAGCAUGACAAUCACAUGCUGAAGACAAGACUGAAGGCAAAAAAGCCCCCUAGGCUGCAGUACAGGCCUGGCAGUGCAUCGCCAGGGAAGAUACCCAGCGUCUGGGGAUGGUUAUGGGUCACAAACAUCAGGCAGUCAUUUUGCAUGUGUGACCAAGUACUGUUUUAUGUUAGUCUUUCCAAGUAUCUUUUUUACUCUGAAAUUGGAGAACUAUGUGCAGAACAUGUAGUGAUGUUGAAAUGUUUCAUCCGAUAUGGAUGAAAAUACCCUCAAAUAAAAGCAGUUAGUCUGCACUUAAACCCCAGAGUCAUUGAAUAAUUUAAAUCCAAAGUGCUGGAAUUCAGAGCAAGAAUUUCCCAUUUCAAUGCUUUUGGAGUUCAGUGUAUUCUUCAAAAAUCAAUUGGUGCAUGCAACUAAAUUGUAAAUCCAAGUAUAGUUGUAACAACCGCAGACACUUUAAAUAGUUACUGACAGUAUCUGAACUGUGUUUUAUUGAUGUAAAAGCUGAAAUCAAGACAAAUCAUGUCUGGACAUUUUUUUACCUUGAGCAAGACUAUGUAACCAACAAUAUUUAAGUGAAAAAUUGAUCAUAUCCAGGAUAAAGAAUAUAAAUAAAAAAACUUUGAUAUCCAAUAUAUAUCGGUAUAGAAAGAAACUGACUACAGAUCAGAUCCAACAUAUCGAACAAGGUAUAAUUUGAUGGUUUAGGCUUUGGAGAAAUAGACUCAAGGCCUCAACUCAUCAGAAGUCUGCAUAGAGCCCCAAGAGAACAAUGCUUAGUCUUUUUCGUUGUAGGGGUUGAUCCAUUGUAUCAUGGUUAGAGAUGAUAAAGGAUUCAGAUAGGGAGUAUGACUAACUGAUGAGCCAAAACAUUAUAACCAUCUGCCUAAUAUGCUGUUCGUCCUCCACGUGCCGCCAAAACAGCGCCAACCUGCUGAGGUAUGAACCCUACAAGACCCCUGACGGUGUCCUGUGGUAUCUGGCACCAAGACAUUAGCAACAGAUCCUUCAAAUCCUGUUAGUUACGAGGUGGAGCCACCGUGAAUUGGACUUGUUGGUCCAGCACGUCCCACAAAUGCUCAGUCGGAUUGAGAUCUGGGGAAUCUGGAGG